ACAUAUAUACAACCAGUGCAUGUUUUGCUAGUUUCUAAACUACACAAAUAUACUACAACAACAAUCAGUGAGAUACCCAGUGUCUACAGACUUUGCAGAGUGGGUGCAAGAUCUCGAAAACAAGGCUCUACUGUCACAACAUUCCUGGCUGUCUUCGUGUCUGUAACCUUCAAGUACAUAUGCUCUUGCAUGUCGCUGAUUAUAUCAAUGCUGCUGGGCCUGUGUGGGUGACAUGACGGUUUGCUAUGGAGAGAUACUGUGGUGAUCUCAGUGCCAGUGUGUCUAAUCAUCGACGCCCUUAUUCCAAUAUUUCCAAGCGCAUAUUCGCCAAGGGAAUGUUGGCACACAUUGGUAUCAAGUAUGGCAUCAAGGACGCCUUGAGCUUGGAGAAAUGGAAGUUGGUGAUGGACCUGCAAAGGAAACCAAAACGGUCCUUGCCUAUUACCUGAAUUAUACUCUCCCCUUGCCUGGCCCAAAGCCGACAACCCAUCAGCAGGUUUCUGCCCACACAUUUAAUCUCAUCAUUGGCACACUCGCAACAAUAUGGAACUUUCCGCCAGAGCACAGCCUCAGAGACCUGGUCACCUUCAAUAAAAUCAGUGUCUAUGGACAUGUUCGAGUCCUUGGUGGAGGCGAUUCUAUAUGAGUGGCCAGAUUGAAUGGGGCUGAAGCUGACAGGAGGGGACGCUUCUUUCAUUAUAUUGUUGCUAUUGACAGAAAUAUGCAUUACCAGAGGCGAGAUAUCGAAUUUGAGGAGCGCAUGUGCUUUGGCCAACUUCUCGACAUCAUCACUGUCAUCCUACCGCACCAUCCUACUUCCAAUGCCGAUUCUGGAGAGAUCACGAUUGCUCUUGCCCAUGUCAACCCUAUCAUGGACAGAAAGGUCACGCUUGGAAGUAAAGAUUGGGUGUGCUAUGAUAGAUUUGCGAAGGAGGAGCUGGUUGAUCUGGCAUCUGUCAACCAGUCAAUGGACAGAGUUGAGAGCAUCAUCAAGGGUAAGAAAAAAAAAAACUUCAUUAUUGACUGUGGUGCCCCUGCAAGUCGAGUGAUGUUCACAGCUGCCGAGUAAGGUAAGUCAUUUUUCUGGGAACAGAAAUAGAAGACAACAAUUUCAUCUUUACAACAUGAGAGAAUAGAACACAACAAUUAGAUUUUGAUUAUAAUUCAUUUCAAAUGUACUAUUUAGAUAUAGAAGAAUUAUAAAUAUUGCAUGCACUGUAGUAGAG